AUGAGCACGCUACCCAGUUAUGAGGCUGCGGGGCUGGGGGCGCCCUCAGAAGGUGGUUAUUCAGCAUUGGAGGUCAACCACAGACUCAGUGGCACGACCGCGCCUGAGGUGUACGGCGCCUACGAUGGCUUGGAGGUAGUGAAUGGCGAAAUGAUCGAUGCGAGCAACAAGAUCAAGGCCGAUACAGAAGCAGCCGUUGAAGAGCCGUUGCCACAAAGGAGUCCGCAAAGAAAGAAGUUGUGGCUCAUUGUUGGAGCCGUUGCUCUCGUGCUGGUGAUUGUGGCCGCCGUAGUAGGUGGCGUUGUGGGAUCGCGACAUCACAACAAUACCACCACAGCCUCGAGUUCAUCAGAUCCUUCUUCAACUUCCUCUUCGACCUCUUCUUCUUCAACGCCCUCUCCAACCCCUUCAUCAACGUCGCCAAACGCUGCUCAUUCCAGUUCAAGCCUUUCAGUAACCGGCUGGUGGACAACCACGUCCAGCUAUAGCAUCCGCCUUUUCUAUCAGGGAAAGGAUGGACAUUUACGUAUGAUAGGCUACGACUCCACAGAUGGCAUGUGGUCAACAGUAACAACCCUUCCCGGCCCAGACGUUAGGCUAGGUAGUCCUAUUGCGACGUGCAAUUAUAACACUACCGUGUAUUUCAGUUCUGCAGUCAAUUCUGGAAAUAAUUAUACACAAACUGAUGUUUUUUAUGUGGAUAAAUUGGGACAAAUACAGGAAUGGGAGGUCCAAGAGACGCCGGGAGCAGCAACCAGAAACAUGAACGGAACCAUCUCCUCACUCGGCCUGAAGCCAGGUCCAUACUCGAGACUCGCAACAUACUGGCCUAGCCUUAUCUUCCAAGACGAUCUUGGCCAGUUACAAGAAACUUAUUAUACCACGAGCAGCAAAUGGUUACAGAACCCUCUGAGUAUCUCUCCACAGAAUCAUUCAGCCCUGGCAGAGAUUGUCUACUCAGCAAGCUCAGCGAGGAAAGGCGGCGGAAACUUCAUCUACCAGGGUGAUGACCAGAAGCUCCAAGCCGAAGGGAGAAGUAGCUCGACUACCUCAUUGAAAGCGGAUGCUCCAGCUGUUGCCGUCCCGUCCGAGUCUCCCAUUGGGGCCUUCUCCGUACCGCGAACUUCCAAGGCAGAUAGCCCAAUGAAUACUUACAUUCUGUGGCAAGAUAAAACAGACGGUAUUCAGAUAACUUGGAUGGAUGAUGAUAAAGGCUGGCAAACUACAUCAGCACCAGAUUCUUUUGGCAAUCCCGACAAGGGCACAGAUAUAGCUUGCCUCAUGCCGUCUGCUUUCUCUUACACCCCCUUACAGUCGAAAUACGACAUGGCCCGCUGCUACUACUUGGUAGAUGGGCGGAUAAGAGAGGUAAAAUACGAUGGCUCAAGUUGGUCCGUUGUCGGAAAUGUGCCGCUGGGAUGA